AGCUGCUGUCGAAACCACUAUGUUCAAUUUCUCAUUUACUACAACUUUCUUGACCAAAUGUUCGCAGAAAAGUUCAAAGCUGAUCGUCAAAUGGUUCGCCAGUCGAUUAUAAAUCAAACUAAUGGAUGUAUUGACAAGAUCAAGGAAGUGCGUUUUCUCAUAGCUGCGGUACAAACGUUCGGCAAUCUGGAUGGAAUGUGCUUGAUGGCUGAGUAUGCAAUGAACGAGUUCAAUCUAAGAGAUGGAGUUAUUGAUAGGUUUUUCACGCUUGUCGGACCGUGGCAAAUUCCUAAUGAAAUUCAAAGACACAGAGCGGAAUUCCAUGCGAAUGAGACACAUCGCAUCCCACUAACCAUUGGCUUCACACAAAUGGAUAAGAGGCAGCUUGUGACGGAGAUUCUUGGACGAUGUGAGCCCGACAUCGCCCGUAGUCAAGGAAUAAGUGUUGGCCUCUAUUCGGAAAAAAGUACCGACUGCAUAAAUGUAUUUGUUCGCAAAAGCAUUUUACUAUGUAUUUCAAUAAGGCAACCAAUUUCGGAAGUGGUUAAAAUACCUUAG